GUACUUUUCAGCGAAAAAAUAACCAGAAAAUGAUAACGGAACUAUAGAAGCGGAGAUGAAGAGAGGAGGAAGAAUGGUGAAUAACAAGAAGAAUAAGAAGACAAGGAUAAACACUGAGCUCGAGGCAACAUUUUUUCCUUUUCUAUUGGCCGCCAUUUGUUCAAAAUCUCAAAAAAGAGAAGACCAAAUUAUGAAGUGCUUGAACAGAGUAUUUCUGUCCCUUCCCCAAAUCGAUUUGUCUCCAAUCCUCGCAAUGCUACCUUCACUCCUUAAAUUCAAGAAUUGCCGUGCAGUAGUGUGUAAAGCUGCGGAGAUUGCUGGUGCUGCCUCACUAUCAUCAUUGGAAAUGAACGAAAAGGUUUGUUUGGAUGAUGAGAUAGUGACGGGCUUAAUCUCACUGUUAGGGAGUUCGGAAGAGGAAAUCGCGAUGGCCUCUUGCAAUGCAGUGUUGGAUUUAUCCACUACAUUGAUUGGGCGCCAGCGGCUGCUUGAAUUUGGUGCUGUCGAUAAUCUUCUUCUUCGCUUCAUGCAGGCAUGCAAAUUUCAGAAAUUUUUUCCCAUUGGUAAUAUGAAAUUGGUGGAGAAAGAUGAGUAUCCAUUAUUGCUUCUUCAGGGUGCCAUUACUCUUAUAAAUUCAUGCACGAUUGAGCAGCUGGAGCAUUUACCAAUUGAGCUUACUGAAAAUUUUUCAAAGCUUCUGAAAAGAAUUUGGAGACAAGAACGUGAGGAGAGAAUAUUUGGCCCUGCUUCUAUGCAGGGAGAUGAGUUCUGCUUGAAAAACAUCAAGACGAGUAAUUUGGUAGAAAGCAUAUUUAGGCUAUCCAUUAACUGUAACCUUCACCCAGAAACCAUAGACUUUAAACCUCCUAAGAAAAGCGAUUUCUAUUUUGGGAAAAUCGGCAUUGAACCAUUUUUAUCAGAUAUUUGGGAGACUUCUCCUAUGCUUAUAAGGAACUCGUCAAAUUCUUCAUUAAACCCUGAUAGUAUUUUCGGCGCUUUCAUCCAGUUUCUCGGUUUAAAAGACACAAUUCCUACCUUCCUUCCUUCCUUUCUAAAACGCAUUAUUUCAUGCCCAGCAAUCGCAUCCGAUGAAUUAGAUAUUCUGCAAGUCAUCAAGGACAUAAACAACAAUCUCGGUCAUCCUAUAAAUUACCACCAAGAUAUUCGUGUCGUGAAAACUGAGCAUGGUGGAAAAGAGUUGCACUAUUUUCCCAAUCCCCAUGUUCUAACUAUUGAUGAUAUCGAAAAAUGCGAAGAAGCAUUUAAGAAAGGCUAUUCAAUCGCUGUACGUGGCAUCGAAUUUCGUGACCCAUCUAUAGCUGCUAUUGCUGAUGAGCUGGCAUUUCUCUUUGGCCAGCCCUCGGCAGGUGUUAAUAUGUACCUUACACCAUUUAAUUCGCAAGGCUUGGCUAGACACAGUGACGACCACUGUGUGAUAGUAUGCCAAAUUGUUGGCGCCAAAAGAUGGAGAGUGUUUUCCCAGUCAGAUUUUAAGUUGCCUCGCUUGUAUGAGUCAUGUUGUAGUUCACUUGAUGAUUUGGAGGAUGAAAGUUGUGAGUUUGAUGAGUGCAGACAGUUUGUGGUGAAAAGAGGGGAUGUUUUGUAUAUUCCGAGAGGCUUUCCGCAUGAGGCAACUACUGAUGUGGAUGAAUUUGAUAAUGUGAGCAACGGUGCUUCUUUGCAUUUGACGCUGGCGAUUGAAGUCGAGCCUCCAUUUGAGUGGGAAGGUUUUAUGCACACGGCCAUAUAUUCUUGGGAUAAAAAAUUCAAAGCAUCACUGCAAGCAUGUAGUCUUCAUGUGAUAUCCAUAAUGCUUCUCCAUAUUGCAAUAAAGUUAAUCGGCCAACACGACCUUCGGUAUCGUAAGGCUUGUUUGGCAUUGUCUUCACACACUAACGACUGGCUUUGCGAGAACCAGAGAACAAAUUUCGGGCACUUGAUUAGUAUUAUAGACAGCAAGGUGAAGUUUCUAGAAGCUGUUGAACAUUUUAAAGCGGCUCUAGAAAUGAAUGAAGAUCCUCUGGAACACGUGAGAUGGAUGAAGUUUCUAGAAGUGCCGAACUUGUACAUUUUGUCAACAGAUUCCCAGGAGCUGUUUGGUGUUUUGAGUCGGGAUAAGGAUUUAUUGGAAGCUUCUUUUUCGAAGGUUAAGUCUCGAUUUUGUCGUGAAGUGGAGUUUGAGGAUGUGAAACAGUGUUAUCAGGUGCUGCUCGGCAAGUACAGAAAGGUAAGAAAGCAAUAUACGAAUGGCAUGCUUGCUCUCCAUUCUGCUAUUGGCGAUGAUGAAUGUGAGUUUCAUGCUUGAGGUGAGGACAAAUUAUUGUGGCACAAAUUUGUAGUGUAUGUUUGUGUGUUUGACUAUUUGUCAAUUAAAUGGUACUGAAUUAUAUGGAGCUGGCAGGUCCAUUGAUUUAUUGACACAAGUCCCAAAUAUAUUUAUUUAAAUGAUGUGUCAAAUACAAAAUUUAUGAACGUUUAUCGAUACUAAGUUGUGUUAUUU